AUGGGUUAUCAUAAGACCAUUGGAACUACUUUUGUUCCUAUACUUAUUUUACUUCUUUCAUUCAUGAACUACAUACCAUGCAAAGCUCAAUUAUCUCCCACAUUUUAUGAUAACACAUGCCCUAAUGCACUUACCACCAUUAGAACUUCUAUCAGGACUGCAGUGUCACGUGAACGUCGCAUGGCAGCCUCUCUCAUUCGUCUUCAUUUUCACGACUGUUUCGUUCAGGGUUGUGAUGCGUCCAUUUUGCUAGACGAUUCUCCAAGUGAGAAGACAGCAUUUGCGAAUAAUGCUGUGAGGGGCUAUGAAGUUAUAGAUGCAGCUAAAGCUGCGGUUGAAAGCGUAUGCCCAGGUGUUGUCUCGUGUGCAGAUGUAUUGGCUGUUGCAGCACGUGAUGCUUCCGUGGCGGUGGGUGGUCCGUCGUGGACAGUAAGGCUUGGGAGAAGAGAUUCUACGUCUGCAAACCCGACUCAAGCCAAUAGUGAUCUUCCAAGAGCUAAUAUGGAUCUUGCCACACUCAUUGCAAACUUUAAUACAAAGAAUCUCGGCCCAAGAGAUAUGGUUGCUUUGUCAGGAUCUCAUACAAUUGGGCAAGCACGGUGUGUUACAUUUAGGGCUAGGAUAUACAACAAUGCCUCAGACAUAGAUGCUGGUUUUGCUAGUACCCGUAGACGCAACUGCCCAGUAGGUCCAAAUGAUGGGGACGGUAACUUGGCACCACUUGAUUUGGUGACACCAAAUUCAUUCGACAACAACUACUUCAGAAAUUUAGUGCAAAGAAGAGGUCUUCUUGCAUCAGACCAGGUACUCUUUAGUGGAGACUCAACUGAUAGCAUUGUAACUGAGUACAGCAAUAAUCCGAGGACAUUUGCGUCUGAUUUUGCUGCAGCCAUGGUUAGGAUGGGAGACAUUGACCCCCUUACCGGAACUAAUGGGGUGAUCAGAAAUCUUUGCACUACUUCCAAUUAA